UGAAGAUGGCUAUGGCAAAGAAAAUUAGAGUGAUAAACACAGAAACAAUAAGACCAUCUUCUCCAACACCAUCUGACCUAAAAACUCUCAAGCUUUCUCUUAUGGAUCAAUUCGUUCCUGCCACUUACACAUCACUAGUUCUCUUUUACUCAUUAAAUAAUAAUACCCAUACCAAUACCGAGAUAUUGCAGAAACUAAAAACAUCACUAUCAGAAACCCUAACUCAUCACUUCUUCCCACUUGCAGGCAGAAUCAAAGAUAAUUCUUCUAUAGAAUGUAACGAUGAAGGUGCAGAAUUUAUCGAAGCGCGAAUCAACUGUUCUCUUUCAGACAUUCUUGAAAAACCUGACACAGAAUUCCUUAAACAAUUACUACCUGCAGCUAUAGAAUCUCCUGAAGCAGCUACAGGCAAUCUUUUACUUGUCCAAGCCAAUUUCUUCGAUUGCGGUGGCUUGGCUUUAGGGGUUUGUGUCUCACACAAAAUAGCUGACGCAGCAACAUUGACUAUAUUCAUCAACUGCUGGGCUGCCAUGGCUAGUAGGUCAAAUAAGGUGGUGGAUAGUCCUUUUUUCAUGGGUGCAUCACUUUUUCCACCGAUUGAUAUAUCAAUUCCAAAUGCUUCAUUGGAGCUUGUUGCACAACAAAAUUGCAUAACAAAAAGAUUUGUGUUCACCGAAUCAAAGAUCGCAGCUCUUAAAGCUAAAGUUGCUAGUACAAGAGUGCCUGAGCCAACCCGAGUGGAAGCCGUUUCAGGGCUAAUCUGGAAAGCUGUGAUAACAACAGUAAGAUCAAAAUUAGGAGUUUCAAGAAAAUCUGUAUUGUGUAUGGCUGUAAAUUUGCGUUCAAGGUUUGUUCCAAAGUUACCAGAAAACUAUGCCGGUAACUGCGUAGGGUCUAUUGUUCCGCGACUGGACAUUGCAAGCAGCGUGAUAGAUGCAGUAGAAUUAGUGGGUAAAAUAAGAAAGGAAAUGGAAGAAUUUGGUGAAAAUUAUGUAAAAAGGCUUCAAGAAGGGGGAUCAUUAGCAAUCUGUGGGUUUACUAAACAAUUUGGAGAUAUGGCAAUGAGUAAAGAUAUAGACUUUUAUGUGUGUUCAAGCUGGUGUAAAUAUGAUCUUUAUGGUGCUGAUUUUGGAUGGGGAAAGCCUAUAUGGUUAUGCACUGCUAUUACGACUAUAAGAAAUGUUGCUGUUUUAGUGGAUACAAGAGAUGGUCUUGGAAUAGAAGUUUGGUUGACUUUGACUGAAGAAGAAAUGGCCUUACUUGAAUCUAACCAAGAACUUCUUCAGUUUGCUGCUCUAAAUCCUAGUGUCCCUCUACUUUAAUUUUCUGUUUCUUAGUAUUCUAAACAGUUCUUUUCAUUUUGUUUUUAUUCUGUUAUUGGAUUAGUUUGAUUUCAAACUUAUGUUAAACUCGCGACUACACAGUUCUGAAAGUGAUUUGAUUUUAGAUUAUUUUA